AUGGAUAAUAUUACUACUAAGAUGCUGCGGGUCGCCUGGCCUAGUAUCGGCGACGCUGUCACACUGCUUUACAACGGCUGUUUCCAGCUCGGAUACCACCCCACGGUAUUCAAGUCGGCUGAAGUAGUCAUGAUUCCUAAACCUAACAAGAGAGAUCUCUCGAACCCCUCUGCCUGGCGCCCUAUCUCACUCCUCCCCUGCCUCAGCAAAGGAUUAGAACGGGUGCUCGCUAGACGAAUCGCUUACAUGGCUGUCAUACACGAUAUAAUCCCCCCCGAGCUCGCAGGAGCUCUCCCUCGACGCUCUGCUGUAGAUAUAGUCUCCUCCCUCGUCUUCGACAUCGAGAGCAAAGUCUUCAAGAACCACCUAGUCGCAACCUUGGUUACCAUGGACGUCAAAGGUACCUUUGACGCUGUUCUGCGAAACCGGCUUACUCAAAGACUCCAUAGACAAGGCUGGCCACUUAACCUGAUACGCUGGGUACAUAGCUUCAUGUCCCGCCGCAUGGCACUCGCACGGUUCGGCAAGAGCCAAUCGGACAGUAUAGAACUCGCCUGCGGACUCCCGCAGGGCUCCCCGAUCUCCCCGAUACUUUAUCUACUUUACAUUGUGGAUAUCUACUCCCUCGACGGCGCAGACAAACGGUACGAAUAUACAGAUAAUACAGCUAUGCUGUUUAUUAGCGCCUCCCUACAAGAAACCUCGCGACGAGCCGAGCAAGCGAUCCAACGUAUGGUCGAAUGGAGCAAAUCCACGGCAGUCACAUUCGACCCUGCGAAGACAGAGAUUAUGCACUUCACCAGGAAACAAGCCUUGGAAGCCCCGAUAAUCCGACACGAAAACAAGGUAAACAAGGCCGCGCCGUCGAUGCGAUGGCUCGGGGUCUAUCUUGAUAGCAAACUAAAAUUUAACGCCUAUAUUACCUACUAG